CUUACACUACCGAGUACCGACCGACAACCAAACAGAAAAACAGAAACAUGGCUGAUAAAAAUGAUGGGAAGGGCAAUGGAAGUAAUAAUUAUUAUAGAACUAAUUCUAAUUCAAAUAAUGGUGAAGAUAAUUCUGACGAUGAAAAUAUUCAAGGUGCAUCAGUGGGGCCAGACAUUGGAUUGGGUAACAGCAAUCAAAUGAGGAACUCUGCAACCGAAACCGGACAAGCAGGAACAAGUUCUGGGGGAGAUCCACCUAGAAGGGAGGAUAAUCCAUUCUCGUUCAAACACUUUUUAAAUCCAGAACCGUUAUUUGGUGGGGCACGACCAAAAGUUUACCCCACCAAAUCACCUUCAUCGUCUCGGAUCAUCAAUAAUCCGGAGUUGGCAUCUGGACUACCUGACUUUGUUCAAGAUCAUCUUGUGAUAGAACAAUGCUAUUUGAACCAAAACCAGCCCUCCUCGCUGUCAGUGGAUAUGAACCGCCUCGCAGAGUUUGGGCUAGAGGCGUCCAAUGACAGCUGGAACCCAAGCAGGUCGGGAGAGUUGCCGUUCGACUUGACUGCAACACGACAUGAACGACCCGAGGCGCCCCACCUACCCCUGGACCUACCCGAGGGAUUGCCCUUUGACCUUCCGUCCAAGCCUCCCGGAGCGGAAGUCGGGGCUUCGACCAGCCUUCCCGACUUUCUAUCUGACGGACCAAUCCAUAGCGGACGACGUGACGUGACGCAACCACCAUCAGAGCCCAGCAGUCCUUCCAUCCCCGCCUCCCAUUCACACAUUCAGUCAUUGCAGAUGGAAAAUGAGAGGUUAAGAAGAGAUCAGGAGACGCUCAGAAGACAGCUAUCUGACCAAAUCAGGAGAAAUGAAUCUUUAGAUGCUGAACUACGAGCCUUGCGAAGUAGAGAUCGGGAAGACACUGCGAGUUUAGAAAAUAUGGUUAGACAGGCGGAGGAAAAUCUCUUAAGAACCACAAGAAGAGCAGAAACAGCAGAAAUGAAGGCUGCGAAGCUGAAACAAGAAGUCAAACUUCUUACUAUGGAGCUUAGUGGUAACAUUAGAGGAGCUCAUGGACCAGCCGCAGACAGGACGAGUGAUCACAGACUUGCGGCUGAGCUUAGGACAGCCGUCACUAGUGCUGAGCUCUCCCUCAGACAAAUGCUGAGUGGAGUGGACACAUUGAGGAUGAUUGCCUCCACAUUAGAGAACAGGCACAGGUUUGAGGAACAACACGAGUUCUCAGAGUCAGAAUCUAGAGACAGAGACGACUCAGGUCCUGCACUCUAGUGGAGCCGUUGGUGGUUAGCACCGUGUACAGUUGUACAGAUCAGUGUAUUUUUGUAACUAAGUUUGUCACGUCACUCCCCACUAGUCCGGCAGCAAUACCGACCUUCAACUCUUUGUUAUAUUAUAAAUUAUUUUGUAAAUAAACAAAUAAAGUAUUUAAUACAAAUCUUA